AUGCUCCAGGAAAAGACGUCAGCUGUGGCUGCUGAUGACGGUGUGACUGUGGCUCAUGAGCCUGCUGAGCUCGCUAUUGACUCUUCACAUCUAGGCCUGCCAGCAGCUCACAGCAUCCCUCACAACAAUGAAGUUGAUCAGAAUAUAGAAAACAUUAAAGUGGUCCUUCAUGAGAGAGAACUGUGGAAGAAGUUCCAUGAAGCAGGAACAGAAAUGAUUAUUACCAAAGCAGGCAGGCGAAUGUUUCCCAGCUACAAAGUAAAAGUCACAGGGAUGAAUCUAAAAACCAAGUACAUUCUUCUAAUUGACAUUGUUCCAGCAGAUGACCACCGCUACAAGUUCUGUGAUAACAAGUGGAUGGUGGCUGGAAAAGCGGAGCCAGCCAUGCCUGGGCGACUUUAUGUUCACCCUGACUCUCCCGCAACAGGGGCGCACUGGAUGAGACAGCUCGUUUCUUUUCAGAAGCUGAAACUCACCAACAACCACCUAGACCCAUUUGGACAUAUCAUCUUGAACUCUAUGCACAAAUACCAACCCAGACUACACAUUGUGAAAGCGGAUGAAAACAAUGCCUUUGGUUCCAAGAACAACGCCUACUGCACCCAUGUUUUCCAGGAGACAGCAUUUAUCUCUGUGACAUCCUAUCAGAACCAUAAGAUAACACAGUUAAAAAUUGAGAACAAUCCCUUUGCCAAAGGUUUCCGUGGUAGCGACGAGGGAGACCUCCGUGUGUCCAGACUCCAAGGAAAAGACUACCCGGUGAUCUCCAAGAACAUGAUGAGGCAACGGCUCAUCACAUCACACACUCACCUGGCAGGAAAGUUGAGUGCAGGGGUGUUAAGUGGCCACCCACAGGUUCACUCUCACUAUCAGUAUGAAAGUGGGGUCCCUCUAUCUGGUUCUGAUUCACAGGAGCAACUAUCCAACCCCUUUUCUUCAAGCAGAGAGUCCAGCCUGCUUUAUCAUUGUUUCAAGCAAAGAGAUAACAACCGACACUUAGAGCUGGGUUGCAAGCGGCCGUUUCUUGAUCCGGCACCCUCAGCUGUACCCGAGGAGCACUACUUUUGCUCCCCUUCCUCCUACGACCCCUCUUUGCUGUCUCACCCAUACUGUAGUGAGGCACUAACCUCUAGAGAAGCCUGCAUGUAUGGAGGUAUGGAUACAGAGGCAGGAGCAGGGGGGACACCUGGUACCGAGGACCUGCCCCCACCCUCCCUGAACUGUAACAUGUGGGCUUCGGUGCCACCGUACCCUCGCUAUGGCAUGCAGACUGUCGAGGCUGUGCCCUACCAGCCCUUCAGUGCACACUUCACUAACACGGCCACCACUGCGUCAAUCGCGCCACACCACUCGGCAUCCAUGCAACGACCACAGCCCGCACCUGCAGUUCCAGACCUAUUGUCUUUCACUACACAACGGGCUCUGCCACCUGCAGCUUCGUCCUCAUCAUCCUCUACUCCCUCCCCUUCUGGUGCUGCGUCGUGUGACAGAGCAACCCACCCAACUCUGUAUCACAGAAAAGCUGAUUCGCCACUGAAAAUUCACAGGGAUUUUUCAGCAUAUACGGCACAGAGCUCUACAUCAUCAAGAGAGCCGGUUUACCAGUAUCAGAUGGGCCUUAGCAGUGUAGGGCCCCACUGGACUGAGAGUUAA